UCUAUUCAGGCCAUUUGGCUCCUCACCUGUAGCUGAUUGCUGCUCGUGCCUCGUGGCUUUUGCCCCAUGUGUGACGAGACGGAAAUAAUAUAUACACAAACUGCUGUGUAUGCUAACAUUUUUGUUUAUUCUAGAGAUAAGAUAAGUUAUCAACGCGCUUAUAAGACUAUAAUGGCAUAGAAAGGCAACUAAGGUCAUACAGAAUGGGACGAUGUGUAAGAGCGGAAAGAGGGAGCACAGGAACAUUGUGCGAGAGGGCGGGGGAGCAGAGCGCGCGACUGUCAAGAGGAGAGAGGAGGAAAUCUAACAAGUCAGAAAACUGUUGCAUUUUGGUAAAGACGCUUAUCAGUGGAUUAAAAUAUGAACAUCUACAAUAAUUCUCUUUAGAAUAUCUUGGAGCAUAGAAAGGAAGUGAAAAGUUAAUUAGGUAAGUGGUGGCCUAAGUCACUAUUUUGUUCCGUCUGUCUGCCUUGGGUGUUGAUGACCAACGAGUGACCUGUUACUCACUGACUGGAAACAUAAUCAUAGUCGGCAUAACAACGAAUCGUUGUAUUAAGAGAAAAACAAAAGUGAAUUUGCUGUUAGUUUUCGAGUUCAUCUGACUAUUCCAGAGCUUGACAACUCACGGAGACGGUGAGGAUGCGCUGUCUUCACAGUUUUCUCGACCACGUUGAAAGUCUACCUGCGCGAAACUGAAGGGUUCACCUUCCCACAGCGUAUCUCAGAUCAUCGACACUUCUAUUGUGCAGCGAGGAGCAAAAGAAUGCUCCUGGCACAAGAUGUCUGAUUUACAGGCGAGCAGUGGAACCUUAGAUAUUCUCUGCUACGACUCAACUCACCACAAAAAAAAACAGAGAAGCAAGUUUUUAUGAGGAACAGAACAUUUUCUCAGUACUGUUUCAAUAAAUACUGACUUUUGAAAAAAAUCACCUUCCAACAACCAUAUCUGAGAGCGGAAUUUGUUAGUCUACCCAAGAGGGAAACAGACCCAGGAUUAAGCGAUGAAAAGUACAUAGAGAAAGAGAAACACAAGGAAGGAGGAAUAGGAACAAAUACAAGAGAUUUAAGCGCUCUUUCAUUCCUCUCCACUCAUCCUUGGACCAGACAAGUGAGUGCCCUUCACUGAAUGCCGUGGGUGAGAUGGACUCCUUUGGGAAUACUGGAGCAGACCCCACCUGACAGCUCUCCAACUGAGAAAUAUAAGGACAUUCCACCAGGAGAUUCUGCUGCCAUUCUGGCUGAAAAAUAUUUAUAUUUUUAGAGAACCCUCUAGAAUAAUCUACACUCCAUCCCAGGGAAAAACCUUGCAUUUAACCUUCCAAAGAACUGGAUGUGGGACUUAGUCAGUUUCAACCCGUGUCUGUAACACUGAGAAGGUGUCCACACUCAACUGGCUGGUUUCACCUCUAGCCCUCUGAAAGAAAAUAACAUACUACAUAUGAUAUCAGUGAGAUCUUUACUGAAAAGAUGGAUGAUGAAAGUGAAUAAAUAUUGUUUUGCAGAUUAAACAUUUUACGUUAAAAAAUAAAUGUGGAGAAAAAGGUUUUGACAAAUUAGAGGAUAAACAUAGAAAAACAUUUUUUUAAAUGAACGGAAUGAAAACAUGUUUUGUAUUCUCUUCCUGACAUUUGACUUCAACGACUCCUGACUUUGCGACAUUGAGCUUUGCUGUUCCUUAGGUGUCCUAUAUCAUCUCAUUCCUGUCUUUACGUUGAAAUCUCCUAUAUUUAUAGUCUUUCCUCACAACCCUCCUACCUUUUCACUCUCUCUCAUUUACAUCUUAUUUCCCUUAGGUAAAAUUAACUACUUCACCCCCUACUCCCAGUGUAGAACCUCUCUGUCCCAUCGCCUUUCCCCCCUUAGCCCCUCUCUCACCAUCUCUCCCCCUAGUCCUGGUUUUCCCAGAGUUCAUUCUGGCCGGCACCACCAUUCCGGCCAAGGGGGAGGAGGACUUCCUCACUCUGGCCGCCUCCCGGCUCAGCCGCAGGAAACGUGUCAUCGGGGCAGGAGUGGGCGUGGCUAUGGUGCUGGUGCUGCUGGUUGCCAUCCCCUUAUUGGUUCACACCACCAAAGGGGGGGCGUCUGGAGGCGGGAGCACCCAUUAUGAGAUGCUCGGCAGCUGCAAGAUGGUGUGCGACUCUUUCACCCCCCCACAGGGCAGCCACGAGCUGACCGCUGUCUCCCCCCAACCCCCAGACUUCACAGGGAGAAGGGGCAAGUCUGGGUUUCGUGGGAGCCCUGGCCCCCCAGGCCCCAGAGGUCCCACAGGAGAACCAGGCAAGCCAGGCCCCCCUGGUCCCCCCGGCCCUGGCCCAGGGGGCUACAUCCCCUCCUUCUACAGCCCCAAGAUCGCCUUCUACGCUGGCCUCCGCAAACAGCAUGAAGGGAGUGAGGUGUUGAGGUUUGACGACGUAGUGACCAAUGUGGGGAACUACUAUGAACCCAGUACUGGCAAGUUCACCUGCCCCCUACCUGGCAUCUACUUCUUCACCUACCAUGUCCUGAUGAGGGGCGGAGAUGGGACCAGCAUGUGGGCCGACUUAAAAAAGAAUGGACAGGUGAGGGCCAGUGCCAUUGCCCAGGAUGCUGAUCUGAACUAUGACUAUGCCUCCAACAGUGUCAUCCUGCACCUGGAUGUGGGGGACGAGGUAUGCGUGCAGCUCGACGGGGGCAAAGUUCACGGAGGAAACACCAACAAAUACAGCACCUUCUCUGGCUUCCUCAUCUACCCUGACUGAAGGCAGCCACAUGUCACACACACACAACCAUACACACACAACUACACACACAUUCUCCCAGGCAAACAAAUACAGCAACUUUUUCAGGAUCUUCACCCAACCUGAUUCUCUCAUCCCCUCUCUCUCACGCCAUUGCUAAAACACACAGUAUUUAGAGAAACAGAUGCAAUGGGAAAAGGAAAUGUAUAAUGUCUCUGUGUUUUUAAUGUCUAGAUAAUGGUCAUACCAUAACAUUCCAAACCAAGUGUAGUUACAAGGCAUAUAAUGUGCAUAUAGACUGUGUUUAUAUGCAUUUUUAUUUAAUACACACACCCAUUUGUUUGUCAUGUGUUUUGUCAUUCUCAUGAUAUCAUUGAAUCACAGAUAUGUAAAUGAAACUAACAUGUAAGUAUGGGGUGACAAACAAGAAUUAUGUCAAGACAAAAACUUGUUUAAAGAUCAUCUUGAUAUCGUGUGUAUUCUUAAAGUUACCAUAUAUAUUCACUUCUGAUGCGCACACAUCUGUGUGUAUGAUCAUGCAUGUGAAAGUAUACCUACAUGACUCGCAUACAACUCUUUCACACGACACAGUGAUUCAUUGAACUUCCCCUAUCUAGUGUUGCAUUGACAUGAGCUGACCAUUUCAGCCACCAGUGUGGAAUUUAGUAAAAUGGUCUCAGAUUGCAGACUGUAAAUGGAUGACUGCGAGGUUGGUUGCGGGGCUUCCCGCCUCCCUUCUUCGCUCCAAGAUGGAUUUCCAAUACGGCUGAAGACACCAAAUGAGAAAAGUCAUGAAUAUAUUGAUCGGAGCUGAUAAUACACCCAACACCACGAACAUCACCCAGUGUGGUGUGUGUAAGAUAAGUAUCAUGUUGUUAGUUUGACCUACAUGGCCCCUGCCUACAGCUAAGGGGGGUGGGGAGAGGUGAUGGUAGCCCCCUCACACACAGGAUAUCAAUGAUGAGGCUUAUGGUAGACAGAUACAGUAUUUUUCCAGACCUUAUGGUGGAUGACAGAGCAUCAUCGUGUUCCACUAAUGAGCCCAUCCUUUGUUUAAACCCUCAAACCCUAUUCCUAUUUUCACAUUACAUUAAAUUGAUAACAGAGCAAUUUAAACUGGGUGUCGAACCCAGACUUAAUCAGAGAUGGAGCUUUAGAUCAUGGAGAGAUGAUGCUUUAGUUCAUGGAGAGAUGAUGCUUUAGUUCAUGGAGAGAUGAUGCUUUAGUUCAUGGAGAGAUGAUGCUUUAGAUCAUGGAGAGAUGAUGCUUUAGAUCAUGGAGAGAUGAUGCUUUAGAUCAUGGAGAGAUGAUGCUUUAGAUCAUGGAGAGAUGAUGCUUUAGAUCAUGGAGAGAUGAUGCUUUAGGAGAGAUGAUGCUUUAGAUCAUGGAGAGAUGAUGCUUUAGGAGAGAUGAUGCUUUAGAUCAUGGAGAGAUGAUGCUUUAGUUCAUGGCCAGUUGGUUAUUUGUAUAAUGAUGAGUCUUCUUUUCUUCUAAGGUAAAGCAGCCUGUUUGUUUACAGUGUGGAUACGGACAUUGAGGAUUCAUCUUGUACUCUGUACAGAACUAGUUUCACAUUUUAAAAUGUACGCUGCUACCGUAGAACUAGAAACGGACUGAGUGUCUUCAAUGGAAAUGUACAUCUUUGUGUGUUAUUGAAUGUACCAUACAUUACUAAUUGUGUAAAUGCAAUUCAAAUAUGCAGGUUCAGGUUGAUGCUGUCUGUCAAAUAUGUUAUGCAAACCCUUGACACAGUGGCAAUGAGACUAUAUUGUGUCACUUGUGUUAUCGAUCAAAAAUGGAUUUCAUGGACAUUUUAGAGUGGGGACAUUAUUACCUUGUCAGGCCAUUAAAAAGAAAUAUAUAUAUAUAUAUAUAUAUAUAUAUCUUUACAUCAAUGUGAAUGCCCUGCCUAGACAAUACCAUGAAAAGCAGGUCCUUCUCCUGUAGUUCAUAGCAUCAUACAUGUACCUAAUGUAAGUAGUUGUACAUGUUACAGGACUUCAGGAGGCCUCUAUUGUAACAAGUUGUUGUAUUAGGAAAACCACUGAAUAAAUGCAGCUGCAGCAGGGAUGAUACUGCUACUCCAUGUGUGUGCAUUACUGUUGCAACACAGUAUGACCGGUGUGUGUGUCGCGUCUCAGGUCCAACUACAGGACAGAGCUUUGGGCUU